UUAAUUUUUGUUCAUUUGAGUCAGUUGUAUUAUCAAAAUGGGUGAAGACAAACAGCAAACAGAUAUAGCUGUUGGAGUAUUAGCAUUACAAGGCGGAUUUUCUGAACAUAUUUCACAUUUAAAACAAUGCGCAACAAGAUUGUUAGAAACAAAUGAAGUGGAUUCCAUCCUCAACUUUAAAAUUGUUGAAGUAAGAACUGCAUCUGAAAUUGAAAGCUUAGACGGCCUUAUAUUUCCUGGUGGUGAAACAACUGCUAUGAGUAUUCUCUUGGAAAAAAACAAUCGCGAACUGUUGGGAGCACUCCAAAAUUUCGCUAAAGUGAGACCAGUCUUCGGAACAUGUGCUGGAUUGAUUAUGCUGGCCAACGCAAUUGAAGGACAAAUGAAAAUGGGACAAUUGAAGAUCGGAGGAAUCGACAUUACAGUUCGGCGUAAUGCGUAUGGAGGACAAUUGCAAAGCUUCGAAGCCCCGUUAAACAUGAUGGAACCUGAAAUUUUGGAUAGUGCAGCCACAGCAAUGGUUUUCAUACGAGCACCUUGUAUUGAGACGGUAGACAGUGAUAAAGUCAAAGUAUUAGCGACGUAUAAAAAUAAACCGGUUGCAGUAAGACAGAAUAAUUUGAUUGGAAUAUCAUUUCAUCCGGAACUAACAGAGAGUUUAGAAUGGCACUUGUAUUUCAUGCGGAUCAUAAUAAGUGAAAAAUUAGCUAAAAAAUAAAAAUUUAUUUUCAACGAGAUGACAAAAUUGAAA